CCCCAGUUAAGAACCGAAGGUUUUAAUUAACUAGACAGUACAUGGUGACUCGUAUUCUCCAAUUAAGACCAAAAAUGAUAUGUAUAUGAAUAGUUGAUAAAGAAUAAUUAGUACACCGUAUAACAAUACCGAUUCACAUACCAGAAAGUGAAAUUACAGAGAGCAUGGAAGACGAGAAAAUAGUAAAAAUGCCUGAGCUGAAUUACGAUCCCGAUCCGCGUGGUUUGGGAUACGUGUACUACGAGUCCAUGCUGAAAUACAAAGAUAAAGUGGCGCAGAUAGAGGGACUGACCGGAAAAACGGAUACCUUCGGAGAUCUACUGGAACGCUCUGUACGUACGGCUUUGAAUUUACAAGAGAGAGGUCUACGGCCUGGAGAAAUGGUGACCGCAUGCACGAAUCACCACUUGAACAGCGGUAUUCCGUUGAUAGCCUCCAUGUUUGUUGGCGCAACAGUGUCUCAUCUAGAACCAAGCAUGUCACUGAACGAAACCAUAUUUCUACUCAAGCAGGUGAUGCCAAAAAUAAUGUUCGUCGAACAAGAAUGGCUCGAAAAUAUACAAAAAGCCCUGCGGGCAAUCGACAGUGAUGCCGAGGUUAUCGUGUUUGGGGUCGAUGAUGUACUACCACCAAAUCCCAAAGAAGAGCACUUCGCGCCGCACCCUGUCGAAACGUUGAGCCAAACGGCGGUAGUGGUCUUCAGCAGUGGCACCACUGGCUAUCCCAAAGGAAUUUGUUUAAGUCACCGCUCCAUCCUAUGUCAGAUGGUCAACAAAACUGAGGGUUUGAAAACCGAAUUCGACCUGAUGGCCUCCUACGCGACACCGUACUGGCCCGCGUCCAUGUGCCUCCAAACUUUGAGUAUUACGAAGUGCAUAACUCGCCUCGUGUACCCGAAGUUUGUGCAGGAGAGAGCGUGGGAAAUGUUCGAUUACCAGGUCACGGUCGCCUUCAUUAACGCGGCGCAAGCGUCGCUUAUGAUAAGACAGGGCAAGGCUGCCGACCUCAACGACGACGCCUUAAAUGACCUUCUCAUCUUUGGUGACGUGCUAAGCGAAGAAAAGGUGCUCAAGAUGAGGGACAUGUUUCCAAAUGCCCGAGUGCACUUGAUCUACGGCCAAACGGAGAUUCCGAUGGCGACUACAAUAUUCGAUGUAUGUAACGAACGAGACCUGGAGCUCAUGAGGGGAAAGCCAAACUCCGUCGGCACCGGACUGUAUGGGAUGGCGUACAAAAUUGUCGAAGUGGACACCUCGGCGGUCCUCGGCCCGAAUCAACGCGGCGAGCUGCGCGUGAAGACCCAAUUCCAAACCAGCGGAUACCUCGGUCGGGACUCGUCGGGCAUUUGGGACGCCGACGGAUGGAUGAAAACCGGCGACCUGGCUUACUACGACCAAGAUCGCUGCUUCUACAUCGUUGGGCGUGUGAAGGAGAUGUUCAAGUUUCGAGAGUGGCACAUCAUACCUACCGUUCUCGAGGACAUCUUAGCGACCCAUAAGGCCGUCGAAAGCGUCGCCGUUAUAGGUGUUCCGCACGAAAUGGACGGUCACCGGCCCAUGGCUCUGGUGGUGUUAAAGGAAUCGUACCAAAACACUAAGGCAGAUGACAUCGAUAGCUUUUUGGUGGGGAAAAUAAACGAUCGACAGCGUCUAAGGGGUGGAAUCAGGUUUGUUUCCAAGUUACCCUUAACAGCAACUGGGAAAAUUGACCGAAAAAAACUAAGAGAAUUAUAUACAUAGUUUGUAUUUUUCAAAUAAAGAGGGUUUUAAGUAAAUG